ACCAAAAGAGCUGACGCACACGGCGUAUUUCCUGUCAGCCCAGGAACUCAAAGUGGAUCUUCGAGCUUGGGCUCAGAAACACAAGCAAUGAAUAGGCUGGUGGAUGGAUUGACCGUCACAUUUCGAUUUUUUGAUUUGUUGGGAAAAAGGCAGCACACACCCAAAGUUUCUUGUUGAUUCCGCCGCUGUCCUGUAAAAUUCACAGAAUUCCGGCUUCCUCUUUUCUUUUUUUUCCCAGUUUCCCUUUUUCCUUGUCUAUAUAAAACAUCUCUCACUUAAAAAAGCAGCAUGGAUUUCCAGAAUCGAGUAGGAAGCAAGAUUAGAAGUGGUGGUGUAGCGAGCCAUUCCGAAGCCAAUGUGGAUCGUCGUGAGCGACUUCGCAAGCUUGCAAUGGAAACGAUUGAUUUGAACAAAGAUCCGUACUUUAUGAAGAACCAUCUUGGAUCGUACGAAUGUAAACUUUGUCUGACGCUGCAUACCAACGAAGGCUCGUAUCUUGCGCAUACUCAGGGUAAAAAGCAUCAAACCAACCUCGGUCGUCGUGCCGCCAAAGAAGCAAGAGAAUCGGCCAUUACGCAACCGGAUGUUGGACCUGCCAAACCGGCCGUAACCCUCAAACGCAAUGUGAUUAAAAUUGGUCGACCAGGUUACCGUGUGACGAAGAUCCGCGAUCCUGUUACCCGUCAGCUUGGUCUCUUAUUCGAAAUCCAUUACCCUCAAAUCGCUGCCGAUGUUAUUCCCCGUCACCGUUUCAUGUCGGCGUACGAACAAAAGAUUGAAGCACCCAACAAAGCACAUCAGUAUAUGAUUGUCGCCGCCGAACCUUACGAAUCUAUAGCAUUUAAGGUACAAAGCAAGGAUAUCGAUAGAGCUCCUGGCAAAUUCUGGACACAUUGGGAUCAGGACUCCAAACGAUUUUCUUUACAAUACUUUUACAAGAGCGAUAAAGGACCUACCAUGUUUGAAGGUGUCACUGCUCCCGGAUCCAACCCACCCAAUGUCAACACUCCCUCCACAAACGCUCCCAGUGCAAAUCCCCCCAGUGCAAACGCCCCCGGUGUGGCGCAGCCUGUCAGCUAGACAUCUCUUUGUAUCUAUCACAAUAACGUCAUAAUAAACCACAAGGAAAAAAAGAAAAAGGGAGUAUAUAGAGUUUCUUGGCACAGCACUCAUUACGCAAUAUCAAGCAACUGGCAAUGUCAAAGUUGUAUUAUAUGCAGAAAAGUUGCAUAAUCGUCAUUGAUGCCAAGGUGGAUAAAAUAAGGUGGUCAGAG